GGAAGAGACAAGAAAUUCAGAGAAUGAGUGAUAUUGAUAUUCUAGGACUCUAAUUGCUUUAAAUAAGAGACACAGUGUCAGGAGUAACGUAAUGCCCAGGGUAGCCAAUAGGGAUAUAGGCUUAUAAAAAAAUGUAUCGUGAGCAAGGAGCGAAGUAUGUUAAGUGCAUUGAUCUCUGCUUAUCUUGUAAAUACACAUCGCUCUCACUCUCUCUCUCUCAUGGAUAUUUGGAAGACAGGAAUCUAAGGCACCAAAACCAAGCUGGCAUCCACAGGAAAAUCAAAUGGCAUGAAAAACCCACAACAAUGACUGUUUAUUAUACAUGUGGUGGCAAUCUCUGGACAGUGAGUAAUCCAUUCAUUAUCAAGGCUGACUGAGAGUAAACGUGUGUGCAGCAAUGACUCCUUAACCCUGCUGACAGCAAACUACAAAGAAGGAAAAUGAUGAAUCCGGAUAAUUUAACCUCCCUAAGCUUCCUCUCAGCAAUUCAUAGCAACGCUAGCAAUUUAUUCUCAGGGCUCCAGUUUGUUCAGUCUUUCAAGCCACUCAUCAUCCCAUGCUACUCCCUGGUGGUUUUUGUUGGCAUCAUUGGGAAUUAUCUCCUCAUUUAUGUCAUCUGCAAGACGAAAAAAAUGCACAAUGUCACCAACUUCCUGGUCGGCAACCUGGCUUUCUCAGACAUGCUUAUGUGUGCAACCUGCGUGCCCCUGACUCUGGCAUAUGCCUUUGAGCCCCGGGGAUGGGUUUAUGGACGCUUCAUGUGUUAUUUUGUGUUCUUAAUGCAACCGGUCACUGUGUUUGUGUCUGUCUUCACCUUGACUGUCAUAGCUGUGGACAGAUACUAUGCCAUGGUGUAUCCUCUCCGGAGGAGACUCACUAUAUCAAUCUGUGCUUAUAUUCUGGCUGCGAUUUGGCUGCUGAGUUGCAUCUUGGCUGCCCCAGCCUUGGUCCACACCUAUCAUGCUGAGUUCCCAGAACUGGACUUCUCCAUCUGUGAAGAGUUUUGGUUCCAUAUGAAGAGGGAUCACUUAACGUAUGCCUACAGCACUCUCAUCAUCACAUAUGUACUGCCUUUAAUAGUCAUCUCCUUGUCCUAUCUGCGGAUCUCUGUCAAACUGAAAAAUCGAGUGGUUCCGGGAAACAUCACCCAGGGCCAAGCUGAGUGGGACAGGGCUAGGAGGAGGAAAACCUUUCGCUUGCUGGUCCUGGUGGUGGCUGCCUUUGGAGUCUGCUGGCUCCCUCUGCACAUCUUUAAUGUGAUAAAAGACAUGGAUAUUAACCUAAUAGAUAAACAGUAUUUCAACCUCAUCCAGCUGCUGUGCCACUGGUUUGCUAUGAUGUCUGCCUGCACCAAUGCCUUCCUUUAUGCCUGGCUACAUGACAGCUUCAGAGGGGAAUUGAAGAAGAUGUUUGCCUGGAGGAAGAAGAAGAUUGGACCUGCCACUAACUGCAUUAUGGCCAGUGUGAUGCUAUAAGUGUGUGUGUGUGUGUGUGUGUGUGUGUGUGUGUGAUUCAGUUACAAUGCAUUUCCUUUCCAGUGAUGAGUGUAAAGCUAUGUCUACACUAGAGAACUUACAGCAGCACAGCUGUACCAAUGCAGCUGCACGGCUGUAAGAUCUCUCAUGUAGCCGCUCUAUGCAGAUGGGAGAGAGCUCUCCUGUUGACAUAAUUAAUCCACUCCCCAAUGAGAAGUAGUAGCUAUGACAGCAGGAGAAGCUCUACCACUGACAUAGCACUGUGCACGCUACCACUGACGCCGGCGUAACUUGUGUUGCUAAUGGGGGUGGAAUAUUCACACCCCUGAGCAACAUAAGUGGUAGUGUAGAUCUAGCCUUAGUCUUUCCUAUUGUUAUUGAUGACCAGGUUGUAUGUUCCUCCAAUGUGUUACCCUCAGGACUUGACUGUGGCAAUCCAGGGCCCCAAGCGCAGCCUCACAUGUAACCUCUGUGGCCCCAACUCCACCAGGGUAGCAGAGGUGACAUCUAAGAGUCCUGUGCUGUCCACACACGAGAUACAGAGCCGUCUGCUGGGUUGUCAGGGGGGAUUCAAUCCUGAUCAGUCUCCCACUCUGCAAAACCUCUACUGUGGCCCCACCCUCUGCUUAAGAUGAUGGUAGUGGGGGCCAUGCAUACAAGAUUACACUGGUGAGGAGGCAGGGGGUCCCUUUACCCAAAUGAAAAGCCUUCUGCUGGGAUGCUGAAUGUGGCCAUUUACAAAAAAUGCUUUUCUUUUAAAAAUGUUGACAGCAGAACCAUAUGCAGUGUUACAGUGACACCACUGCUAUAUACAGAGAUAAGAUCACCUUCCUAUUCACUGCUCCCCUGCUUAUGCACCCAAGGAUUACAUUAGCCCUUUUUGCCACAGCAUUGUACUGGGAGCUCACAUUCAGUUGUUUGUCUACCAUAACCCCUAAAUCCUUUUCAGAGUCCUUCCAGAAUAGAGUCCCAUAUUUUGCAGGUAUUGCCUGCAUUCCUUGUUCCUAGGUUGGAUUGUUGCAUGCCAUUGUUUUGUCAGGACAAAAUGACCAUCUGUGACAUGGAGGCGUAUUGGUGGUUCACUACUCUGUCAGCUACUCUUGUCAGGCCUGACGUACUCACUACACCAAAACACUCUUGUCACAAGCUGUAUCUGAAAGGUGUCAUGUAAGAUAUCAUAUGUAAACUGUUAACACAGGUCCUAAAAAUCACUGCGUGGUGUAUAUACAGGGUGUGCACAAAGAGUUGUACAUAUUUGCUAGAAUCAGUCUUACCAUUUGUUUUGCAAGCUAUGCAUAAGUCUAAUCUGCCCUUGGCAAUGGAAAGUGUAUUUUCUUGGCUGACCAGCCAGGUUGUCAGGCAAAGACAAUGAAAGUACAUUUACAUAUAAGGUAAACAAAACUAUCUAGCUCACAGGUUGGGGAGAAGAUAACAUGGCAUUUACACCCCAGCAGGUCAGGGAAAUUUUGUCUGGGCUUGUUCUUCAAAGAAUACAUUUCAGCGAUUUAUUGAACUAUAAAAAGAAUGGGAGAGAACCCCAUAGUUAUCUUUCAUCUGAGGAGUCAAAGAAACCGAGUGCUUUGAGCUCCAUGUGUUGGGUCCCAGCUAAAGAACAGGCCAGCCAUGCUGGAAGACUGACUGUCAUGAGAAAAACCUCUUUGAAC